UCUACUGCUGGAACAGGUUUCUUAUGCAUAGCAAUCUUAUAAUGAAUGUGUCAGACCUGUCACAGACGUGUUUUCUGACCAUGUCGUGUUCUCCAGACCAAGCACGUUCAUGUGCUAAAGCUACCGAAGUGGCCAGUGUCAGAGUUCAGCUGGAAAUGCAGAGCUUGUGGCGCCAAUUUGACCAACUUGGCACUGAAAUGAUUGUGACAAAAGCUGGAAGAAGAAUGUUUCCCACAUUUCAAGUACACAUCUCAGGCAUGGACCCAGCAGCAGAAUAUGUUCUCCUAAUGGACUUUAUCCCCUUGGAUGAAAAGCGAUACAGGUACGCUUUUCACAGCUCCUCCUGGAUGAUAGCUGGAUGUGGAGAUGUAGCGGCCCCUGGAAGAGUCCACUUUCACCCUGACUCGCCAGCAUGGGGAGCCCAGUGGAUGAAGCAGACCGUCUCCUUCGACCGCCUCAAACUUACCAACAACUUGCUUGAUGAUAAUGGCCACAUGAUAUUGAACUCCAUGCACCGGUACCAGCCGCGGCUGCAUGUGGUGCUGGUUGACAGGAGUCGAAACAGCCAGCUAUGUGCUCACCGCAACUUCUGCACAUUCACUUUCCCAGAGACCUGCUUCAUCGCAGUCACCGCCUACCAGAACCACAGGAUUACUCAGCUGAAGAUAGCCUGCAACCCUUUUGCGAAAGGCUUUCGUACCGCAGAGCCUGAAAACAGGUCUGCUAAUUGUGACUCCACCUGUGAUUCUCCUCGGCUGUCAUUGCCAUGGAACAUGCUAGAGGGGGUCACCGUGAGGGCCACUACCCAUGAAGACCAGAUGCUCCAGGAUCAACAGCAUCUUAAUUAUUAUUCAAGCUUUCAUGAUCCAGGCCUGCAGACAGUAGAAAAUCAAUCACAGAUGUCCCAUAAUGAAGGCAUGUUCUACAGUACAGUCAGGAAGGAAAAGAAGUCACAUGAUCAUUUUCACACUGGCCCAGUGUACUUCACAUUGCCCUGUCAGUGGGACAGUUUGAGCAGACCAGAGAGAAGUCUGAUUGGUUAAGUAUUGUUUGCUGGAAUUAACUUGAUACAUUUUGGGGUAAAUCAAACAUGGUAACACUUAGAUUAAUUUGUUUUAUUGACAUUCAUUGCACACAGCAAAAUAAAGGCAAAUAUUUUCUGUGCACUUGUAAAAUGUGCCAAAACACAUGAUUAUAUGACU